AUGCCCGUCGUUACGCCUGAAAAGUUGGCGAGCUUGCAAAAGCAGUCGCAGGAUGUUAGAAAUAUCUGUAUCCUCGCACACGUUGACCAUGGCAAAACUUCACUCACAGACGCUCUGUUGGCGACCAACGGGAUUAUCUCGCCGAAAUUGGCGGGGAAGAUUCGAUAUCUAGACUCAAGACCCGAUGAGCAGACUCGUGGCAUCACGAUGGAGUCGUCGGCCAUUUCGCUGUACUUCUCCAUGCUCAGGCGAUCAGCCCCCGAAGCAUCCCCUGAGCAAAAGGAGUACCUCAUCAACCUGAUCGAUUCGCCGGGCCAUAUCGACUUCAGCAGCGAAGUUUCAACUGCGUCAAGACUAUGUGAUGGCGCGGUGGUGCUGGUGGAUGCUGUGGAAGGAGUGUGCAGCCAAACUGUCACUGUUCUCCGUCAAACAUGGACAGAGAAACUGAAGCCGUUGCUGGUCAUCAAUAAAAUGGACCGUCUUAUCACGGAGCUCAAAAUGACGCCCGGGGAGGCGUACAUUCACCUCAGCAAACUGCUGGAACAGGUCAACGCAGUUUUGGGAAGCUUCUUUCAGGGUGAGCGUAUGGAGGAAGACCUCAAUUGGAGGUCGAGAAUGGAGGCACGCAUCAACGCCGCAGCGGCGGCGAAGGAGUCUGCAAUCGCGGACCAGCUGGGCGACACCGGAGAUAUUGAGUGGGAAGAGCGCGAUGAUGAAGAGCUCUACUUUGCGCCAGAGCGGAACAACGUUAUUUUCAGCAGCGCCGUCGACGGUUGGGCCUUUACGGUUCGGCAAUUUGCCAGUCUAUACGAGAAGAAGCUGGGUAUCAAGCGCGGUGUCAUGGAAAAGGUGCUUUGGGGCAACUUCUACCUCGAUCCAAAAACGAAGAAGGUCCUGGGACCCAAGCACCUGAAAGGUCGCAACCUCAAACCCAUGUUCGUUCAGCUGGUUCUAGAAACGAUCUGGACGGCAUACCAAGCAACAUGUGGAGGAGACAACGGGAAAGGAGAUUCAGAGUUGUUAGAAAAGGUCACAAAAUCGCUGAAUAUCUCGAUACCACCGCAUAUUAUCAAGGCGCGCGAUCCGCGGUUACUCAUGACCACGGUAUUCUCAAACUGGCUCCCUCUGUCGACAGCACUGUUGGUCUCCGUCGUUGAGAGCCUGCCGUCACCACCUAAAGCGCAAGCCGAAAGAUUCCCAGAGUUGUUGGCGGAUAUUCCCGGCUCUGACGCGAUCGAUGCACAGAUCAAGCAUGCCAUGGUGAGUUUCAAGACCGAACAGGACGCUCCUGUGGUUGCAUACGUGAGCAAAAUGGUGUCAGUACCGGAGAGCGAAUUACCAAAGAACAAGAGACGACCGGGACAGAUGACUGGCGAGGAAGCGAGAGACCUGGCAAGGAGGAAGCGAGCUGAGGCUGCCCGGGCGCAAGGAGAGAAUGGAGACACAAGCGUGUCUGAUCUCACAGAAGCGCUUGACAACGUCAACAUUGACAAUAUUGUCCCCGAGCUGGAGGAGCAGAAACGAGAUCCCGAGCAUUUGAUUGGAUUUGCUAGAAUUUAUUCGGGCACCUUGUCAGUGGGUGACACACUGUACGUGGUACCGCCAAAGUGGUCACCAGCAAAUCCGGAUGCUGAGCCGCGGCCUCAGAAGGUCACUGUUACGGACCUGUAUAUGCUCAUGGGGCGGAAUCUUGAGGCACUCCAAUCUGUUCCCGCAGGUGUUGUGUUCGGCAUCGGUGGUCUUGAAGGCAAGAUUCUCAAAUCGGGCACACUCUGCAGCAAACUUGAGGGCGCCGUCAACCUGGCGGGUGUGAGUAUGGCAGGGCAGCCGAUUGUGCGCGUAGCCCUAGAGCCAGUCAAUCCGCUAGAUCUCGACAACAUGAUCGACGGACUCAAGCUUCUUGUGCAGAGCGACCCCUGCGCGGAGUACGAGCAGUUGAGCAGUGGAGAACACGUGCUGUUGACCGCUGGCGAGCUGCACCUUGAGCGAUGCAUCACAGAUCUUCAGGAGAGGUUUGCACACUGCGAGAUCCAGCGAGGCGCACCCAUCAUCCCUUAUCGCGAGACAAUUGUCCGCGCUGAUGAGAUGCGACCGGCGGCCAACAAGGAGCUGGGUCGAGGUGGUGUCAUUGGAAUCACAAGCUCAAAGCAAAUCACAAUCUCGAUGCGAGUGAGGCCUUUGCCCGCCGGGGCCACGGAAUUUCUGCUCAAGCACGGAGAAACUGUGAAGAGCCUGUACACAGAUCAUGAUGCGGAUGAUGAGAGCAAUGAGGGAGAGGAGGAAAAGAUUGUGGCGGACACAGACGUGGCGACCGGCAGUGCCCUGUCUAUGGAAGACUUCAAGAAGAAGUUGAAGGGGCUUCUGGAAGAGGGUAAGGGGCGUGAGGUAUGGAAAGGUCAGACGGAACAGAUCUCUGCCUUUGGACCACGGAGGACAGGCCCCAACCUACUCAUCGACUCGACCAAGGAUGGCCUGUUGACCAAGGCAUUUUCGGAUACGGAAACAAGAGCUGCGGCACCAGAAGCCGGCGAGGCGCUGAAGGCAGGCCACUUCUGUGACAAGAUCAACUACGCUUUCCAACUCGCCAUGGCACAGGGCCCUCUCUGUCACGAGCCUGUCCAAGGCGUCGCCGUCUUCAUCGACGAUGUUUCUCUGGCUCUGAACGAGGACUACUCGUCUGCCCGCGACAAAGUCGGGCGUCUCACUGGUGAGAUCAUCAAGACAUUCCAAGCAUCGCUCCGAUCUGCCUUCCUCGAUUGGUCUCCACGGCUGAUGCUGGCCAUGUACUCAGUCGAGAUCCAGGCUUCCACUGAGGUGCUGGGACGCGUCUAUGAUGUACUCACCAGACGUCGGGGUCGUGUCGUAGCCGAGACCAUGAAGGAGGGCACGCCAUUCUUCACCAUUCAAGCCCUGUUGCCUGUCGCUGAAAGUUUUGGUUUCGCGGACGAGAUGCGGAAGCGGACCAGUGGCGCAGCGCAGCCCCAGCUCAUCUUUGCUGGAUUCGAGAUCUUGGACGAGGAUCCCUUCUGGGUGCCGUUCACUGAGGACGAUUUGGAGGAUCUUGGCGAGUUCGCGGACAAGGAGAACGUGGCCAAGCGAUACAUGGACAGCGUGCGGAGGAAGAAGGGUCUGCUGGUCGAGGGCAGGAAUGUGGCCACCAAUGCUGAAAAGCAGCAGAACAUGAAACGAUAG